CGGGGCCGGAGCGGGGCCGGCCUCCACGGGGGCGCGCCUGCCGCCGCGUGCCCGCCGCCGCGCGCGCUCCCGAGCCCGCAGCCGAGACUGUUACCUUCGCGGUCCUCACUGGAGGACGGAGAGUCCCGUAACCCUCGGCCGCUCGUGGCCGGAGACAGCUGCGGCUGCUGUGAGUGCUGCUCAAGGCGAGCAGACCUCCGCGUCUUCAUCUCCUCGGCUUCCUGGGCUCGCCGCUGCCUCCGUGGUCGAGAGCGAAGGUUGUAAGCGCUUUCUCUCACUUCCUCUCCCGCAGAAGCCGGCCGGAACUUUUCUGGCGGGGUUCGUCUCCCCCCCGGAGACCUUUCUUUGGCCGCCCGGGGCUCGAAGUCGCCGUACACUUCUGCCGGCUCCUCUGAAAACCUCACUUCCCGUCGUCCGCGGCGCGACGGGUGAGCUCCGUACGCAGGUCUUUGAGAAAGGAUCCCUCCCCACCCCCACCUCCCCUACGGCACAAACAGAAAUCGAGGUGUGUGACGCAUUCCCAGACCAUCCUGCAAACUCAACACCAGCGACUUCUCUGUGACUGGGUCCAGAUAAAGGUCCUUUCAAGACUGACUUCAGUGGAUCUACUCCACCAGGUCUUCCCGACCUUACUACAUCACUGCCAAGUGCUAUUGGCGAGACUGCCUGCACCAGCAGAAGACUCACCGGAUCCAUCAGAGCGUCGGUUUUACCAGAGCAAAGCAAGAGCCUGUGUGGUUCUGCCUCCCGCUAAUACUGGACAGGAAACAGCAACUGGCUUGGACUAGAGGCCUGGCUUUCCUUUGAAGGAGCUAUUCUGUGAUCUGUGUUGCUAUCACUGUCUAUAUCCCUUGCUUCUUGCUUCCAUGGGAAGCAUGAGUCUAUUGGAACCUGGGACAAGAAGAAACCAAGGUAUCUCCACUACAAAACCCAGACACUAAAAAGAUGUCCCAAAGUCUGAAGAGCCAGAACACAAACAUGAGCGACAGUGGCUGCAGGGAUCCUGUGGGAGACUCACAAAAUGUUUUGGAAAAUGAUCCAUCAAUAAACUCUCAAACACAGGACACCAGAGUCACACCGAAUAACACUGCAGAAGCCCAGCCCCUACAGCCCACAUCUGAUCUUAAAGAAGACCACCAUGAAAUAGGGGCCAGAGCUCAGGAGCAUACAGACACAGGUGACAGGUCAGAAAGUCCAGAGGAACCAGCGUUAGAGAAACCUCCACUGGAUAAAGCAGAGCUGGAGAGCAGCCCGAGUUCUCAGGACACAGAGCUCGGGCAUCACCCCCACUCAGAACAUGGGGGCGGAGACGCCCUAGAUCUGGAUCCUAACUGCUCUCAAAGCGACUUGGGAGGAAGAGCAGAUGCACACCUGGAGAGCAGCUCUGUAGCGUCCCCAGAGGGAGCAGGUGACAGGGGUGAAGCUGAUGAGCACCUGGAGAGCAGCUCUGCAGCCCCCACAGAGGGGGCAGGUGACAGGGGUGAAGCUGGUCAGGAACUGCUUGCUGAAGACUCUACCGAUGGCCAGAGUCUGGGCCAUUCCAACACAGGUCCAGGGAACCAGGAUUCACUGAGGAGACGACUGCCUGUGCCCGAGGCUGGAAGUCAUGAAGAGGAGACAGAGUUGGUGAAGGAAAAGCAAGAGGUUGCACAGGAUACAUUGAGAAAGACUGAUAAAAAGAGUCUCUGGACCUAUGGUUCCGUGUUUCUCGGCUGCCUGAUCGUGGCUGUUGUGCUAAGCUCCGUCAACAGCUACUAUUCUUCCCCAGCCCAGCAGGUGCCCCAGAACCCGGCUUUGGAGGCCUUCCUGGCUCAGUUUGGCCAACUGAAGGAGAAAUUUCCAGGUCAGAGUUCCUUCCUGUGGCAGCGAGGACGUAAGUUUCUCCAGAAGCACCUCAAUGCCUCGAACCCCAGUGAGCCGGCCACCAUCAUCUUCACAGCUGCUCGAGAGGGCAAGGAGACCCUCAAGUGCCUGAGCUACCAUGUUGCCAACGCCUACACCUCUUCCCAGAAGGUGACUGCCGUCUCCAUAGACGGAGCCGAAAGGGCCCUGCAGGACAGUGACACAGUCAAGCUGCUGGUUGACUUGGAGCUUAGCGAUGGGUUUGAGAAUGGCCACAAGGCUGCUGUGGUCCACCACUUCGAAUCCCUUCCUGCCGGCUCCACCCUGAUCUUCUACAAGUACUGUGACCAUGAGAACGCCGCCUUUAAAGAUGUGGCACUUGUCCUGACAGUCCUGCUGGAGGAGGAAACGUUAGAAGCAAGUGUAAGCCCCAGGGAAAUAGAAGAAAAGGUGAGGGAUUUACUCUGGGCUAAGUUCACCAACUCUGAGAGCCCCACCUCCUACAGCCACAUGGACUCAGACAAACUGAGUGGGCUCUGGAGCCGCAUCUCCCACCUGGUGCUGCCCGUCCAGCCCGUCAGGAACAUAGAAGAGCGAGGCUGCCUUUUGUGAAGCCAGUCACAGAGGUGACAUGGAAGGGCCAUGUCUCAGGGCUCUGUCCCGCUAGGAGGUGACUGGCAUGUGAGAGGAAACAGCUGGGAGGCCGUCACUGUGUUAGAAAAGAAGCUUUUUUUCUUUGACUUUUAAAAAAUCUUUCUAGUCUGAACUUUGAUAAAACUAACAAUUGGCCUGAUGUUUUUCUUUGUUUUUUAAAGCCAAUCAGGGUUAAAAUACAACAUGAUGUAUUGUUUAAGUGUCCAGCACAUCAGUAGAAUAGAAUUGUUUUGCACAGGAAGAUCUGAUUCUCCGGGGAACUGCAGCCCCACUGCUGCCUGCAAGGACUCUCACCAGCCUCUAGGGCAGUGCUUGGACCUGGACGAGGUGUCAUGUAAAUGAUUUUAGAGAACUCUUCUACUACAUAUUAAGUGCUUUUUAAUAUUCACUUUUUUUUGUUGUUUUUUUCUGAGGCAGGGUUUCUCUGUGUAGCUCUGGCUGUCCUGGAACUCACUUUGUAGACCAGGCUGGCCUCGAACUCAGAAAUCUGCCUGCCUCUGCCUCCUAAGUGCUGGGGUUAAAGGCGUGCAGCAUCACUGCCUGGCCUUAAUACUCACUUUAAUAAUACACUUGUGGGUUGAUUGUGUCUUACACAGAUUUGCACUUUGAGUAGGUGAAAACAGAAAACUAGAAUUCAACCCUCCAAACCUACCUAAGAGCCUGGUGUGUGUGUGCUUCUGUUCCGUUAGUGAGCUGAGGCCAGAACAGCUGUGCUCAAAAAAGAACCUUCCCAAGCAUUGGACUCAAUGACGAAAUUGUUAGUAAUCACCAGAAAUGAAAAAAUCCCCCUUGGCCAUGUCACUUGUCUUUGCCUACCCAGCAGCCCCUCCUUCCUGUGAAUCAUGCCUGCUCUUGGCUGCUGGGUUUGGGGUUCUCUGUUAGGAUUUCAGUGGAGCUGAGUUUCACAGAGAAGUUUGAAAGCCAUUGAUGAAGUGAAAGUGCAUUCUAGAGUAGGAAGGAUAGGAAGACAUGAAAGGGUUAAAGCUGAGGAGUAACAGGAAGUUCUGUUGUUCAGGGCGACAGAGACCUGCAGAUGAGCUGCUACUGGAGGGUGUAGGGCAGGGCCGUGAGCUUUUGUCCCUUUCUGUGGAUCUUUCCUGUCCUCCCCUGCUGGAAUCUCACUGUUGUCUGUGUUCUUUCAGAAAAGACUUGAGGUCCUCAGCUAGUUAGAAAUGCCGUCAGGAAAGGAACUUGAUAAACACAAGGGGAAGGUCUCCUGUAGGGAACAGAAAGAGGAAUCAUGGCCAAUAUCCGUUGUUAAGCUACAUCCCAUGAUUUCAGACUGGGGCCAAUAAGCUGUUAAUCAGUACGUGAACUCUGAAAGUAAAACUCUAGUAAAAUGAUCUUGACCCACAAAAGGUCUGUUCCUUUACAUGGAUGGGAAAAGCCCUUGGAAUCUUGCACUCAGUUUUGGGUCAUCUGCUGCUAAGAGAUCAUGUAUACACUUAAGACAUUAAGCAACCUGAGUCUAAAGGGAUUUUAGGAAACACUAAGAAGAUGUCUAUUGGUAGUUAAAUGGAUCACAGAGACACGGGUGAGAGGUGAUCUGAAAAUAUUUCCCACAAGAUGGCUUUGGCCACAACCUUUGGUGUUAAGUAAGUUAAGUAUGGGGGCACACAUGAAACAGUAUGUAUUUGGGAUUUUGAAGGAAUCCUGAUAUAGAUUUCAGAAAAGACCCUACACAAAGUUUAAGCAUAGUGAAUGGAAUUUUUCUGUCAACUCAUUGUAAAACACAGGGAUUGAAGAAAAAUCCAUUUGCCAUUUUUGAAUUUUUUUUCUUCUGUAUUUCUAGACUUAUUUGUUUUGAAUGCUAGUGGCUUGUCACAUAGCCAUGUCUGGCCUGGUGUUUACUCUGUAGCAUAGGCUGACUUUGAACUUAGAGUAAUUUCUCCUACCUCCGUGUGCUGAGUGCCGAGGCUACAGGUGUGUGCCAUCAUAUCCAACUUUCAUGUAAGCUCUUAGCCACUAGCAUUACAUCGCGUAAAACCACAUCAAAUCGCGUCAAAAGGUGCCUUGCAGACUGUCAUGUUGGCCUUUGACCCAUGCUACCUCAGACUCUAGAGGAAUGUCUACAGUAUUUGUGCACAGUCUAUGUCAGUGGCUCAGAUCACAAGUGGAAAGCAAUCGUUUCCUCAUUAAAACUAUGUAAAACGACAGCCUUACAUAGUUUCCUGUCAACACAAAUUUAGGAUAUAAUACAUUUUAGAAAUUUAUUAUUUUUCAAUUAUUUUUGGUUUUUUUACUACUUACCUUGUAAAAAUACACUUUUCCUUUUGUCAUAAGUGCAAUCAGCUGAGUGAGACUUGUCAGUUGUUGUUGCUUUUUUUUUUUCUAUCCUCUGUUUCAAAACUCAGGGCCUUAACAUUCAAGGAAAGUGCCCUACCACUAACCUAUAUCCCAGACCUCUUAAAAGUCAUUUUGAAAAGAAGCAGUAUGUUAGUUUGGGGUCAGAACAAGUAAUUUUCUGGUUUUGAUACCGAGUCUCUACACAGUCCAAAGUAAUGAUUCUCAAGCCUCGGGCUCUUACAGGAUGGGAUUACGGUAGUGUGCCGCCACACCAGCCUAUUAUCCCGUGUACUGUCUUCUAGACCAUUGCUUUUCAUAUUCAGUUUUCCAGCCUUUUAUGUGUGUUGUAAUUCUUUGUGAUAAUUUGCCUGUGUGUGUAUGUUUUUUAUUGGUGGUGGGGUUUUUUUUGUUUGUUUUUAACUAGGAAUCCCUUCUUGAGUAAUACCAAGUCUUAGAAGCAAGCAGGGGAAAUAGAAACUGUCUUUAGACUUGGGUCUUUCUUUCCCUUUCAGGUAAAAUUUAGGGUUCUUCUGGGCACCACUCAGAGAUUGUCAGAAAAGCUCUAGAGAGUUCUUAACACUGAACUAAUUUUAGUAACUUUUACCUGGAAGUCCGCAGGCUUAGGGGGAGUAGUGAGGCUCAGUACCCUUCCCAUUGGCUUAUGUGCCCCACCCCCACCCCCAAUCACUGUGGCUGAUGGUACAGCUUUGUCUCACAGCCUUUGGUCCACAGUCUUGUUAAAGACAGGAGCACUGUGAGCACGGAUGUUGGCUAUGACAGACAGAUGCAGCCUGUGAACACGAGAGUAGUGCAGCAAAAAUGAUUUUCACCAACACUCUUACUUUCUCUAACAAAGAUUUCUUAACCCCAUAGAGUUUUGCCUUUAUAUAUUUACAAAUGUAAUGGCUUGUCAAACUUACCAAAUCACCAUAACUGCUUUUUGCAUUCAUUUCCAUAGUGAUGAUGUUGAAUGUGCCUUAUUCAAAUCAAUUGUCUGAUUACUAUACAAUAAAUCUCUUCAAUUUUUCCUGACUGAUUUUUUACUAAAAUUUCCAAAAUAAAGAAUUUAUGAAAA